ACGUAUCAGUUGUCUGCGAAGCGGUGUACAAAACGGACGUGUAAGCGGAAGCAGCAUGAAUUCGGUUCGGGAAUCGGAAUAGCGCCUGUACACGCAGCUCAUAGGAAAUCGAAUCCGAAUCAAAUAUCUUAAUCGAAUUCGGACUUAGCUCCCGGACCGCUGUUACAACUUGUUUCGUUCCCGGGCCGACGAAUUAUUCUCUAUUCAUUUACGCGAAAUCACAAACAACCAACUACUCGCUGCGCGGUACAACGCAUACGCGACCUGUUCGUGCUGGUGGCAUACUUUUAACAGCCAGUGUUUCCUUUGUUCAAAAGUGUCUUGAUAGAAGCCCCACUUUAAUAUGGAUAAGUAGCAACGGAGCAACGUUAGCAGCAAAACUGGAAAGAACUAAAUACACUUACCUAACCUAAAAGCGAUCAUGACGGCCAUGCCAGUGGUCUGGUGCACCGAUCCCAACUCGGCGAACAACAAACCUACAGCCUUCGCGUUGCACGGAAUUCAACUACAGGGAAAUGUAACCGAGAAGCAGGUCCACGCUCUUCGUGAGUUGGUAAGCGCCGCCGCGGAGGGCCGUCUCAUUCUGCCUUCGGAUGGCACCUUCACACUGCUGGACAGCGGUCUAAGCAUCGAGAGUUCGAUCUUAGAACAAGAGUCAAGCAAAACUAUCAGCUCUGGUGAGCCUGGGCCAGUAGCUUAUCCGAAGAGUUCCAAAAACACGUACAUACUUAUGCCCGUAAGCUUGGCGGAGGGUACCAGGCAAGGAGCAGAAGCAUUGACCGGAAGGGGAGGAUCUUCAGGACAAGCGAUUGCAGCCGCCGCCGCCCAACUGGAGUUCUUGCUGGAACCCAAGUAUUCGCCCACGCCCAAAUCAAAUCCAGACUGGAAAGGCAAUGCAGGUGUGGCUGAGGGCGAUUUGACAGGGGAGGUUCUGUAUGAGUUCCUAUGCUGUGCCAAGUGCAUGAAUGACCAGCGGACCGGACUCACUUGCGCGAGUCGUCGUCUGCAGCGCUAUUUGAGGACAUGCAGCAGUGGAACUGGCAAUGCCAGUGGCAAAAGUUGUCAGUACGAGCCGGUCAAUGACCCACCUACGUGUCAACUGCAACUAGAUCCUGUCAGUAGCUUGGCCAGUAAGUACGCUCGCCGGCAACAGAGGCACAGGCAGCACGGCACCGUCUCCAUGGGCAUCGCACGCAAUCGCACCCAUCGGCAUCAGAAAUUACCUAUGCACAGCGUUAAAAUAUUUCAAAAUCGGAGCACUUACAUGCCAGCGGACACAGUUACAGGAGCAGCUUUCCUUGUGGCCGAAGGCCGAGAGGCGUCAACAAUUGCAUUGCCGAUUCAAAGUCCGAUUCCGAGUCCGAGCUCGAAUUCGAAUCCGAGUUCCACGCCCAGCCCAGCGAUUAGAGCGAUCGUCGGCAGUGAAGCGUUUAGUUUGUCACCAACAGCGACGCGAUCUACAUCGCUAACAGAAACUUCGACGACACUGGCCAAUCCGGGCGCAACUUUUCUGCCUAUAUACGCUGUUGUAAAUAAAAAUCGCGACUUUGUGAAUAGUGAAAAGACUGAGGAGGUGUCCACAACAACCAUGCUGGCCGUGGUGCCCGAGGAGCCAUCGCUAUAUCCUGCAGACGGAGGCGAUCUGAUCAGCUUUGACGACGCUCAAGCGCAAGUGGGUAUUGAGGCGGCUGAUGUAGGCCAGCAGGCUGGAACUGCUGUGGACCUGCUUUGCGCCCCAAUUAAGGAGGACACCUUGUUAGCCCUGCUGGAGGGUCCUACAGCCACUCCCUUCAAGCCCUACUCGCAUGAAAGCAACAACUCGAGCCGCAAGACCAGCUUUGAUUCCACCAGCACCCUCAGCUCCUUGGACUCUGGCUUCAUGGAGAUGCAGAACAAAUUGGACGCCCUGGCAACAGCGGCAGUAGCGGCUGCAGCAGCAGCAGCGUCUUCGACCGAAGCAGCAACAUCGUCGCCAAGCGGCGAGAAAAUCGAACGUCGCAACUAUAACGAAUGCCUGACGCAGUCGCGCAACCGCCGAAAAUCUUACGAGGAGUUCAAAGCUAUGUUUGUUGAACCCAUCACGGAAGCAACUAUUAGUGCUUCCCUGCCACCGCCGGUGGCACCAACAGAGAAUUACGCAACAGCAGCCAGCAACACUGAGAUCACACUUUCCUCCAUUUCAGAACAAGAAACCAGAGGCAACCGGGAUGAGAGAGGCAAACCGGAUUGUGCAAACGAGUUUACCGCCGAUGAAAUGGAUACCGGCGACGGUGACAUCGAUGGUGAAAAAGGCGCUGCUGCUAAAGGCGAUCUCACAGCAACAGCAACAACAACCGUAGCAGCAAAAAGCUCAGUUAGCAGCUCCACCACAGAGGCGAUGCGAAAGAAUUCGGAUUUUCUAUCGCGGAUUCUCGAUCAUCAAUUUGCGGCGAAGGAGCGAGCCAAGGCGCACAAGCGUCGCACAUCGUACGAGGAAUUUAAACGUCUAGUUAACGAAAUUGAGCCGCUGGAAUGCCCGGACACCGCGCCACUAGUCUCCGCUGUGGUCACACCCACAACCGCAGCAGCGGUAGCAACAUCGCCAUUAAACCGGCAGAACUCGCGACAGCGUAAAAGCUUUGCUAGUUACUUUCUGCCGCGCCGGCACUCAACCAAAGAACGAAAGACUGACAAGCAGAACUGUGCCCUGGAUUUGAAUGUGCCACCGCACGGCAAUCAGCUGAUGGCUUACAGCAAGAUGCCGCCCAACCGGAGCAACGACAGCGACCUACAUGGAUCCCACUACAGGCACAAUUUCAAGAUCUACGAUAAAUUAGUUUACGGCACUAUCUAUGAUAUCAUUCAGCGCAAAAACGACAUAUACCAGAAGUAUGACAAGUACAUGACCUACGGCACCAUCUAUGAGAUCCUGCAUCGCAAGACUUCGCAGGACGGCGACCGGUGGCAGCGCAAAAGUCUCAGCUCGAUCCUGGAAGGUGGACGAUCCACAGACGUUAUCUACGACAUCGUCCAGAGGAGAGAACGGGAAAAGCAGCGUCAGCAGCGUACCCUGGAAUCCUUAAGUCCCGGCUUAUUACCUGCGAUCAGUUCCCACAAAUAUGGAACGAUCUACGAUAUUCUCCAGGGCGAAAAGAUAGAUGCGAGCCAUGUCCACAUUAAGACCGACCAACAACCAGCAAUGGCUAAGCCAACGCGCUUUGUGGUCAGCCAGGUGGAGGAAUCCGUCCAUUCUCCACUGGCAUAUCAGCAAGACCCGAUUGGGCCGGACCGUGGGGUAACAAAGACCAGUAAACCAAACAAAAUGCGCCGCCUGUCCCACAUCCUUAGCUACAGUCGAAACGUUGUCGAGGAUCCGCAGGAUACGGCUGGCAAGGAGGAGACAAAGCAGAAACGGACUCAAGCCAAGCGAAGAAUCGGUGUCACCAACUUGCUGCUUCCUCUGGACUCUGAGGAGCUCUACACCCGCAUCAUCGCGCAGCAGCGAAGGUUCGAGAAGGAGCCUGGACAGGACGCAGAGGCAGAGAGUGGUAGCGAGCCAGAGCUGGGCCCUCGCAACCCUUUGACCAAGUCUAGCUCGCUUGAUGCCAUCUCACUGUCGGUGGCCAUUUCACCUGCGUCCUCGCCGUCACCCCCGCGACCGCGACGCAGUCUCAAGCAACACCGCUGCCUCCAAGAGCGACAGCAAAUGCCACUGGUUAAAAAGCACUCUCUGGAUAACUGCCUCCAGAUUAAUUCAGCAACUUCCAGUCGGCAGUCGCUUUGUCGCUGUUCAAAUCAGCCUCCCUUGAAGUGCGCCUGUCACCACGUUGCCGAGGAACUUUCGCUAACAGCUAAUGAGAAAUCCCGCUCGCUACCAACUCCCUUCUCCGCUACUUGCUCUCAAACGUGUGCAAACUCAAGUUCAAUUGAUCACAAUCCGGCAGCAACAACGUCCUUCGGAAAAACAUCGACUACUUCAGCCAAGAAAGGCAAAUCACGUCGACUUUCAGAAUUUACGCGCGGUGAAUUUUUAAAUGAAAAAUCCUGGUACUUCCGCAAAAUCAAACGUAUUGAGGCUGAGAAAAAACUCCUACUGCCAGAGAACGAGCACGGUGCAUUUUUAAUUCGAGAUUCCGAGAGCCGUCACAACGACUAUUCGUUAUCAGUGCGCGAUGGCGAUACGGUUAAGCACUAUCGCAUCAGACAAUUGGACGAGGGCGGUUUCUUCAUCGCCAGACGUACGACUUUCAGAACCCUCCAGGAACUGGUAGAACACUACUCCAAGGACUCGGAUGGCCUGUGCGUCAACCUCUGCAAACCGUGUGUCCAGAUUGAGAAGCCUGUCACCGAAGGUCUUUCGCAUCGCACUCGCGAUCAGUGGGAGAUCGAUAGAACAUCCCUUAAAUUCGUGCGCAAACUAGGCUCUGGGCAAUUCGGCGAUGUGUGGGAGGGACUUUGGAACAACACGACCCCUGUCGCCAUUAAAACCCUAAAAUCUGGUACAAUGGAUCCCAAGGACUUCUUAGCUGAAGCCCAGAUCAUGAAGAAACUGCGCCACACCAAACUGAUUCAGUUAUAUGCGGUGUGCACUGUUGAGGAGCCCAUUUACAUAAUCACAGAGUUAAUGAAGCACGGUUCUCUUCUGGAAUACCUCCAAGCCAUUGCAGGCAAGGGUCGUAGCCUCAAAAUGCAAACUCUGAUUGAUAUGGCGGCACAAAUAGCUGCUGGCAUGGCCUACCUGGAGUCGCAAAAUUACAUCCACAGAGAUUUGGCGGCGCGAAAUGUGCUUGUUGGCGACGGCAAUAUCGUAAAGAUAGCUGACUUUGGCUUGGCCAGGCUUAUAAAGGAGGACGAGUACGAGGCCCGAGUUGGAGCACGAUUCCCCAUUAAAUGGACUGCUCCAGAGGCUGCGAACUACAGCAAAUUUUCAAUCAAAUCAGAUGUCUGGAGCUUCGGUAUCCUACUUACAGAGCUGGUUACAUAUGGUCGCAUACCAUAUCCAGGCAUGACCAACGCAGAGGUGCUUACACAAGUGGAGCACGGCUACCGCAUGCCGCAACCGCCCAACUGCGAGCCGCGUCUGUACGAGAUUAUGCUAGAGUGUUGGCACAAGGACCCAAUGCGCAGACCCACUUUUGAGACGCUGCAGUGGAAGCUGGAAGACUUCUAUACAUCCGAUCAGAGUGACUACAAGGAGGCGCAAGCUUACUGAUAAAUGCUUCACAGAGUCACGGGCGCGGCCAGCAACCGUGACGUGAGUCAAGACAGCGGCAAAUAAUCACCGGACAUCCCAAAAUGAACAAUUCAUAAAAAGUUACUUACUUCAGUUUUGCGUAGAUUUUCUACUGCUGCACAUCUUUGAUCGUCUUGGAUGUGCCUGUCUAGGUAGCCGCAUACGGUACGAUUCAAGUUAUUAGCGUUUAAGCUAAAGUAUAGUUUCUAAGGUGGAAUGCAAUUUCAAAGGACGUUCCAUUCUGACAUUCGUUUUUGUUGUUUAUUAUGACAAACAUAAUGGUCGGAUUGGUACAUUUUGACAUCCAUGUCGUAUUUUUCGAUGAAUAUAUCACAUGUAUUAUUAUUCAUAUAACGCAUAUAGCAUAUAAAUACGCGCGUACACACUUAUAUAUAUGUACACUUAUAUAAAGAUGUAUAUCUAUGUUAUAGUCAGAUGUAUGCUGAGAUCCCUCAAUUUUUCACAUAUGCAAGCAAUUACUUCCCUACCCUAUUUUUCUUUAGUUAUAGGACAAUCUGAGAACGAUACUUGCAGCAUACAAAUAUAAACGGAUGUUUCGCUUUCAGUAAAUUUCUUAUAUACGUGUCUCACCCCUACUCUCAAUCAACAUGAUUAACGACAUUUUUGCUUUAUCACAAAAAAAGAAAAAAACACACAAACGCCAAUCAUCAAGUGCUAGCUGUGCGCUACUUUCCGGUUUGCGACAGCUAAAAUCCAUAUAAUUAAUUUUUUAGAACCUAAUUGUACUUUGUAACCAUUAAAUAAUAUU